CUUACAUAUACCUCCUCUCUUCUGCUCUGUUCGAUAUUUCCACGUUCUUCUGUUCACUAAUGGCGGUUUCCGGGUUCGAGGGUUUCGAGAAAAGGCUCGAGCUCCGAUUCUUCGGAGACGAUCCGGUGUCCAACGCCAUGGGACUCCGACUCAUCGACUUCGAAUCGCUCGACGAAGUGCUACACGCCGUCCAGUGUACGGUCGUCUCCGCCGUCGCAAACCGGAGCUUCGACGCCUAUGUUCUGUCCGAAUCAAGCCUCUUCGUUUACCCGACCAAGAUCAUCAUCAAGACAUGUGGCACAACUCAACUCCUCAAAUCGAUCCGACCCAUGAUCCGUCUUGCACGAACCCUCGGCCUUGCCUUACACUCGUGCCGAUACUCGCGCGGCAGCUUCAUCUUCCCCGAGUCUCAGCCUUUCCCUUACACCAGCUUCAAAGACGAAGUCGUUUACGUAGAGGAGAAUCUCCCCAAAUCGCUCCGUUACCGUAAAGCAUCGGUUAUGCCCUCUACCGACCCCUCACGUGCUUGGCACGUGUUCACUGCGAGCGUUGACUUGGUCCCGACCUGCGAGCCGAUCGUCUUCGAGGUCUGCAUGACGGAGCUCGACCGCGUCCUUGCACGCAGCUUCUUCAGACGGAAAGGCGAAAAUGCCAAGAACAGCGACGCCGCUGGGAAGGAGAUGACGCGGCUCAGCGGCAUAAAUGCGAUUAACCCAAACGCGUUUAUCUGCGAUUUUGCGUUUGACCCUUGCGGUUACUCCAUGAACGGCGUCGAUGGCGACCGUUACUCCACCAUCCACGUCACGCCCGAGGACGGCUUCAGCUACGCGAGCUUCGAGUGCGUGGGGUCAGUGUACGACUGCGGAGAAGAUGACGUAGCGGAAGUCCUGAAGCGUGCGGUGGAGGUUUUCCGACCGGGUAAUGUCUCAAUCUCGACAACCUACGGCGGAGAUGGGUACAGUCACGAGGUGACGAAGCGCGUGGAGCGCGUGUUGAGUAAGAAACUUGGGCUCAAGUGUCGCAGUCGCCUGAUGGACGAGUUCCCAGGAUCGGGGACGGUCGUGUAUCAGACAUUCACGCCUCGCCGGAAAUAGAGUGCGUCACCGGAAAAAAUGGCGAUGAGGGAGAGAACGAAACAGGGGGGAAAAAACAGAGGAGAACGGUUAGGGAAAAAUUAGGGUGGGGGAACAGAUGAGGUGAUGACGUGGAGGAAAAUGAUUGGUUGACUAAAGGUUGACUUGGGUGAGAAGAUAAAAGUGGGAACAUAUGAUAAUGCGCCCCACUUGGGCAUGUCACGCCUAAGCAUUUUUGAGGUUCAGUGUGUAGAAUUUUUAGUGGGAUGGUAAAAAAAAAAACAAGUUGGCUCUUUGUUUUUCCUCUUUUUUUUUUUCUUCUUUUUUUCGUUUUUUUGUUUCGAUUUCCCGACGUUUAUAUUAUUUUUUUUCUCCUUUUCUAUAUUUAACUUUUAUUAAUAUCGAUUAUCUUUUAUC